AUGUAUCGGCCCCUGAUCCUCCAGACGAAAGAUAUGUUUUACCCGAUUCUAGCAGUCUUUGGUUUCCCCGCGAACUUGCUGACAAUUAUCGUUCUCUCCCGAGGGAAGUGCGGUCUUUCCAAAUGUAUCAGCGCCUACAUGAUGAUCAUGGCAGUGUCGGAUUUAUCGGUCAUCAACAUCAAUGUCGUUCUCUAUAAACUUUUAAUUAACCGUCUGUCACACACAUUUCUGCAUCACACGAACUUCCUUAUCGCUAUUGUGUACCUGAUGGGCGUCAGUCUGGAAUUGUCACAGUGGUGUACAGUCGCCUUCACCGUCGACCGAUAUGUUGCCAUGUGUUGUCAGAAGUUUAAAACAAAGUACUGCAGAGUGAAAACAAUGAGAAUCCUUGCAGCACUAAUCCUGAUCCUGAUUUCCUUGGAGAAUAUCCCCCACUUAUUCGUAUUUCAACCUCUAGGAAUAACUGGCAAUAUUUCUUGGGGUAUAGAAUUCAGACUGGAGGCCUUUAACUCGCCAGCAUUUGUGGCGUUCACCCGACUGAAAUCAUUUCGAGAUUUAUUCUGCGUCUUUGGUUUAAUAUUUCUAUUUAAUGGGUUGACCGUCAGGCAUAUCUUGGUGUCUAGCAAAUCCCGAAGGGGAUUUCGGAGUCAAUGGAAGGAGAAUCGUCGUGACACAGAAAUGGAGAGCAGAAGAAAAUCCAUAGUAUUACUGUUCAGUGUAUCGGUCAGCUUCCUGUUACUGUGGCUGCCGGCAACUGUGACCCAUUUUAUCGCCGGUCACACAAUGCAUUCCGAUCGCGACUAUUCCUCUCCAGAACUUAUCGCUGCUCUUACUGGAGCUCUGCUCGCGCACCUGAGUUCCUGGACAAACACUUGGCCUUGGGUGGAAAUUCCGCGGGAAGAUGUCAUUUCACUAAGUACACUUAGGGCGUUGAAUAAUUGUGGUAGCAGAGACGCCCGUGCGGUACUCCAGCCCAGACACCACUCAGACAUGGCGCACACCCCAGUGUUCUCUCCUGGGAACCAUCCGUGGACAGCCUCGGAAUGA